AUGACAUCUGGACAGCUUGAAGCAUCUCAAAAUGAUCGUCGUGGCGUAGCUCAAAGAAUUGGAAAUGAAGUUCGUGGGGAAGGCAGAGAAAUUGAAUAUGAAGCUCUUGGAGCGGCUAGACGUCUUGGCAACAGACGUCGUGGAGUAGGAAAUGCAUCAUACGGAGGAUAUACUCCAGGAUAUACUCCAGGAUAUAACUCUCAGCCUCCAAUAAAUGUUUUUGUUCAAUGGACACCAGAAUUUGGUGCGGCUUAUCAACGAUUUGUUAAUGGUGGCAUGGGUGGAAUGGGUGGAAUGGGUAUGGGUGGUUAUCCUAUGGGAGGUAUGGGCGGUUAUCCUGCGGCUCCGGUGGGUGGUAUGGGUGGAUAUCCUAUGGGUGGAAUGGGUGGUAUGGGCGGAUAUGGAGGAGGAAUACAAGGAUAUCCAAUUGGAUUUGGUGUUACAACAAGUUAA